AUGGCGGCCCAGACCCCCACAUCAGCUCAAGCUCAGGCCAACCAGGGCAGCUGGGGAGCUUUCCUCAAGUCCAUCGCCUCCUUCAACGGCGACCUCUCGUCCCUGACCGCGCCGCCCUUCAUUCUGUCGAGCACCUCCCUGACCGAGUUCUCCUCCUACUGGGCUGAGCACCCCUCCAUCCUCGCCGCCCCCGCAAAGGAGGCCGACCCCGCCAAGCGCGCUCUGCUCGUCACCAAGUGGUUCAUCACCACCCUCAAGCAGCAGUACGCCUCCCGCAGCGAGCAGUACGGCAACGAGAAGAAGCCCCUCAACCCUUUCCUCGGCGAGCUGUUCCUCGGCAAGUGGGAGGACGACGCCGGCACCACUGAGCUCAUCAGCGAGCAGGUCAGCCACCACCCCCCCGCGACCGCCUACUCCAUUACGAACCUCGCCUCGGGCGUCCACCUUGAGGGCUACAAUGCCCAAAAGGCCACCUUCAGCCGCACCAUCAACAUCAAGCAGAUCGGCCAUGCCGUCCUGACCGUCCCCGCCCCCGACGGCUCCAAGGACACAUACCUCAUCACCCUCCCCGCCUUGCACAUCGAGGGCCUCAUCUUCGGCGCCCCCUUCAUCGAGCUCGAGGGCACCUCCUUCAUCACCUCCUCCACCGGCUUCACCUCCAAGAUCGACUACUCGGGCAAGGGCUGGCUCUCGGGCAAGAAGAACAGCGUCAUCGCCUCCGUCUACCCGACCGGCCACGAGAAGGACGUCGUUUUCAACAUCACGGGCGUCUGGACCAAGUCAUUCGAAAUCCACCAGGGGUCUGCCAAGCACAACUCUUCCAAGACGCUCCUCGAGACGUACGAUGCCGCCCAGCACCCGACUUCAAAGCUCGUCGUCGCGCCCAUCGACAAGCAGCACCCGCUCGAGUCCCGCCGCGCCUGGAAGGGCGUUGCCGACGGCAUCGCAAAGGGCGACAUGGACCUCGUCUCGCGCGAGAAGUCGGCCAUCGAGAAUGCCCAGCGCGAGCUGCGCGCCAAGGAAAAGGCCGAGGGUCGCGCCUGGGAGCGCCGCUACUUCACCGACCGCAACACCGCCGGUGACGCCGUCCUCGAGUCUCUCGGCACCCACGUCGGCCUGCCCGCCACCGGCGACGCCGACAAGACGGGUGGCCUGUGGCGCUACGACGCCGUCAAGGCCGACAAGGUUCGCAGCCAGGCCGCCCUCAGCGACGCUGACCAAGCCAAGAUUGCCAGCGAGAUUUUGGGCCAGCAGAGGACGUGA